AUUGAUUCUUGGAGGAAGUGUACACCUAUGCACAAGUAACCUUUUGGGUUCAACUAUGGUGCUGUCAGUGGGCCGCUCUCAGCUCGAUUGUGGAAUUGAGGGCUGGUGGGUUGUCCUGAGAAGAGGUUCGAAACGGCAUUGCGGUAACGAAGAGGUUAUUAGGUGA